AUGAAUUCUAUAGUUUUGAAUGACUUUAAGUCCAUUAACGAAGCAUUUAAAAAAGAUGAGUUCUUGGGUCGACCUAAAAGUGUGGCUUUUAAUGUAAUCAUGGAAUUGCAAGGUUUCGGUACUUUAAGUGGUAACGAAUGGAGAGAACAAAAACGCUUCACUUUAUAUCAAUUGCGAAAUUUGGGUUUCGGUAAGACAUCGAUGGAGAAACACAUCAACGACGAGAUGACAGAGUUAUGCCAUAGGAUUCGUGGGCUAAACGGCGCACCCGUUAGCCUACGCUCGCUGUUAGGCGGCAGCACUUCAAGCAAUAUAUCGGCGCUCGUAUUCGGCAAUCGGUUUGCUUAUAACGACCCAAACAGACAACUGCUGGACGAUUGCAUUGAACGGGCGAUCAGAAAGUUAGGCCAAACGGGUUUCAUAACGUUCUUCCCCUCAUUCGCCAAACUGUGCGCUUAUUUUGGAUUAUUUGGUUUAAAACAAGUAAAGCGAGACUUUCUUACUGUCAAUAACUAUAUUAAACACCAAAUCGAAGAACACAAGAGAAGUUUAGACGAGAAUAAUAUCAGGGAUUAUAUCGACGCCUUUCUCAUCGAAAUGAACAAAACCGACGGCAAAAGUGAGACCACAUUCACUGAUGAGAUGCUGGCGGGCAAUGUUCAGGGAUUCUUCGCCGCCGGCACUGAAACAGUGAAGACAUCGAUGGAGUGGGCGCUGCUUAUAAUCGCUGGACAUCAGGACAUACAGAAAGAAGUGCAGAAAGAAAUCGAUAUCGUGUGCGGUCAACAAAUGUUUCCCUCCUGGGCUCACAAGAAUUCAAUGCCUUUCACUCAAGCGGUCAUUAAUGAGAUCUAUCGCUGGAAAACAAUAUCUCCGCUAAACUUAUUAAGAAUAACAACAGAUAAUACAUCCGUUGAUGGCAUUGAUGUUCAAAAAGAUACUAUAGUUAUCGCAAACUUGUGGGCCGUUCAUAACGACCCUCUCUAUUGGGAAUCUCCCCAACAAUUCAAUCCAAACAGAUUUCUAACUAAAGAUCGAAAACAUGUUAUUAAAUACGAUAAUUUGAUCCCAUUUUCAACGGGGAAGAGGUCGUGUCCUGGAGAAGGGUUGGCACAGACAGAGAUUUUUUUAUGCUUUACAUCAUUGCUUCAAAGAUUCACAAUUUCGUCCGUCAAUGACAUUUCAUACGAAGAAGAUAUGGGAUUAAUAUUACGG